AAAUACAUAUAAAAUAUUAAUUCAGACCCCCCUAUUUAAACACCCCCCUAAAUCCCCAAACAUUUCAUCAACUGCCACAAACAACUUUUCAAAAACACACAAUCAAGAAAUAAGUCUCCAUCAUCAUCAUCUUCUGCAUUUCAAUUGCUUUCUUCUUCUCCUUCACCUUCUUCUUCUUCCACUGUCAGAAAAUCUACUGACAAAGUCAAGUCAAAUCAAGUCAACUCUCAUUUUAUUAUAUAUAUACACAAUGGACAGCUCAAGCAGCAGGCCCGGACCAAGCUCCUCCUCCUCCCCUUCCCCCAAGCCCAAAAAAAACAAGUCCGGGACCCCCCAAGACCCGGCCUCCUCCAACCGAUUCCUCGGCGUCCGCCGCCGCCCCUGGGGCCGAUACGCCGCCGAGAUCCGAGACCCCUCCACCAAAGAGCGCCACUGGCUCGGGACCUUCGACACCGCCGAGGAGGCGGCCCUCGCCUACGACCGCGCCGCCAGGACCAUGCGGGGCUCCAGGGCCCGGACCAACUUCAUCUACUACGACAUGCCCCCGGGCUCCGCCGUCACCUCCAUCGUCUCCCCCGACGAAACCUCCCGCCGCCACGACUUCUCCAUGAUUUUCCCCGACGACGCCGCCGCCUCCCAGAACAUGCUUUUCUUCGGCGACUGCGCCGCCGCCAGGCAGACGGCGGCGCCGCCUCCGCCGCCGCAGGGAUUCCACCUGACGCCGGGGGAGACCGCCUGGAACCACCAGACGAGUAAUUACGGAAAUCAGAUAAUUGGCUGCGGCGGCGGUGGAGGUGGCGGCGGCAGCGAGCUGCCGCCGCUGCCGCCGGACAUUACCAGCAGCUGGUACUCCGGGCAGCCGCCGGUGCUGUCGGAAAUGGGACAUGGAGUGCUGAAUGAUAUGAGGUAUUUGGAACAAGGGCGGCGGAGCGUGGACAGCGCCGCGGCGGCGGCGGCGGCGGCGGAUAAUUACCUGAGCUACGACGGCGGCGCCGCCAUGGACCCCGCCAGAAGCAGCUUUUCCGGCGGGUAUGGAGGAUGGUUCUGAUCUACAUUUUUCUAUUAUUUUUUAAAAAUAUAUAUAUAUUACGAAUUAUCUAAAUUUUAAGGUAAGGGGAUGUUUGGCUUGUCGGGUUUUAGGAUUCCUAUAAAUGUGUGGUUUUUCAAUUUUUUGUCACUGUUGUUGAAAUUUUCUUCGCACAUUUGUCGUUUUACUUUUCCCAUUGUAACGUUGUCGGGAAUUUUGGUUCAUCGCCAUUCAAUUUUCCAUACAAAACAAACGCAGUCUUAUUUAUUUAUUUAUUUCUUGUCUUUGGGUUAGAUAAUUUUUAUAUUAUAAUAUAAUUCUAAAUAAUAUCUGAAUGGAUGAUGACCAAACAGUGUUUAGGUACUAAAUUUUCAA